AUGUCACAACCCGUUCCGCAUGAAGUGCAAGCGAAUCAUGUUGAAGAUUGUAUACACCUCGACAUUGGAGCACUUCCUGAGCAUUCACAGACUAUGGCGAGCACCAACGAAAUCAUCACUCAUCUUAAGACAGUACUACUGGAGCUCAAUGCCCAUCCCUACCCCGAAGUCGCGUGUCCCCCAAACGUACCUAAACGCGCCUCAGUUGCGCUUAUCCUGCGCGUACAACCUUGUUAUUCACACUGGCCGGAGUCGCUAGACAAGCCUCUUCUAGCCCACUCGUCCACACGACAACGUCGGCAGUCCUCGGUAACAUCAGAUUCUAGCCAUAAGACUGAUUUCGAAACGAACCUGAACGCCUUCUUCGAACAAGACUGGGUGAAGUAUGGAGAUCCAGAGAUACUGUUCAUAAAGAGAGCGGCGAGAGUUGGCGACAAGUGGAAUGGACAUGUAGCGCUUCCAGGUGGGAAGCGAGAUCCCGAGGAUGAGGACGAUGAAGUGACAGCUGCGCGAGAGGCUCUGGAAGAGGUGGGCGUUGAUCUCGGUCAUGACAAUGCAAUUGUUGUUGGUAAUCUGCCGCAGCGGAUUGUCACCACGAGCUGGGGAAAAAUACCAUUGAUGGUACUUUGUCCAUUCAUAUAUCUCCUUACAUCCCCAGCCUAUCCCGCACAACGACUCCAACCGACCGAAGUCGCGUCGUCGCAUUGGGUAUCCAUUCGAGCUCUCCUCUCGCCAAGUCUUCGCACCUACGAAUACGCCGAUGUCAGCGCCCGUUUAGCAAAGUCUGAACUGGGCAUUAAGCGUUGGUUCCUGCAGGCCAUGCUUUCGAAAAUGAUGUUUGCUGCUAUACGGCUGGUGCCAUCACACUCUACGCAUUGCGCAACUACACCAGGCUUCAUACCAGAUGGUGCUGCCCCAGCUGAAGGGUUGUUCGGCAGUGUGAAGGAGGCAUUGAUGGGUCCUGGGGCCAGACACAAGGAUGGGAAACCACCACUUCUGCUGUGGGGGCUGACGCUAGGUGUUGUGAGUGAUUUCCUAGAACACGUCCCACCACACAACGCGCUAGAACUGUGGACCUAUCCUACGUUCACGAACUGGGAUGUGAGAUUUGUCAUGUGGGCAAUGUCCUACCGUUUCCGGAGACAGAGAGCACUGGAAAUGUCGACAACUAGACCAAGUCUAUGUUCAACCACCACUGGCGAGGACUUGGACAAAGUACCGAUGCAGGACUUCCCCGGCAUAGGCAGUGAAGCCAUAGGGGCAUUGUACGAGGCGAAACCUGGGGAAGUCGGCAUCGCCGGCCUGGGGGUUGGAAUGGAGUGGGGACAGAUCGGACGUGCAAAGAUGGUCGCUCGAGGUGCUGCGGUAAACUCGCUCUUGGAAGGCUACUAUCCGCUCGUGAGAAAGGCUGUGACGACGGCACUAGUCGGAAGAUUGGGAGUGGCUGCUCUUCUUGCAACUUGGGCCUGGAGGACUGUUCAAAAGAGCAGAUGA